UCAAUAAAGUCAUCUUCUAAGUAAAUUAGGCUUUAACCUAAUUCGUUUUAUCAAUGUCUAUUUCCUACGAUCACACACCGGACUGCCUGAUGAGAGACCAUCCAUCCAUCGCAAGAGAAGCAGACCUGUUUAAAAUGAAUAAAACACAGACAAGACUAAGUCUCAAAAUGAUGACCACCAGAGAGCGAUGGCGAGUUUACAGGCGCAUUAGCCUCAUGUUCUUCUUGGCCAUAGUGACACUUACCGUCGUCCAGAAAGGAAACAUCAACUCAUUACAAGACUUACAGACAGAAAGCAUUGAGAGACAGACACGUAUGGAGCUCAUGGCAGAAAACAAUCUGCAGGAAAAGGGUCACCUUUUGGCUCCAUUGAACUUCUGGAAAAAUAAGGUGCAAAAAGUGGAGGCCACCACAGAACAUACCAGAAUCACCCAAGACCAAGGUCCCACAACCUGGGAUAUCACCUAUUCCAACUGCAGCGCCAACCUCAACUUCUCUUCUUCUGAGUGGUUCACAGGACUUGAACCCAAUUUCAAGCAAUUCCUGCUCUACAGGCACUGCAGAUACUUCCCUAUCCUUAUGAAUCAUCCAGAAAAGUGUGCUGGGGAUAUCGAGUUGUUGAUGGUCAUCAAAUCGGUAAUAACGCAAUACGAUCGAAGGGAGGUGAUUAGGAAAACCUGGGGCAAAGAGCAAGUAAUAAACGGCAAAAGAAUCAAAACCCUCUUCCUUCUUGGGACAUCUUCCGAUGACAAAGAGAGGGCGAACCACCAGAAGCUUCUGGAAUAUGAGGAUUACAUUUUUGGAGACAUCCUACAAUGGGACUUCAUGGAUAGCUUCUUCAACCUUACCCUCAAGGAGAUCCACUUCCUGAAAUGGUUCACCACCUACUGCAGCAAAACCCGCUACAUCUUCAAAGGAGACGAUGAUGUGUUUGUCAGCGUUCCCAACAUCUUGGAGUACCUGGAAGACAGCCAAGACAUGGGCAAAAUCUUUGUUGGCGAUGUUCUCUUAAAAGCCAAGCCCAUUCGCAAAAAGGACAACAAGUACUACAUCCCACAUGCCUUGUAUAAUAAGACCCACUACCCACCGUAUGCUGGUGGAGGCGGUUUCUUGAUGGGCGGCCCUCUUGCACGUAAACUCUACGGAGCAUGUGAAACUCUGGACCUCUAUCCCAUUGAUGAUGUGUUUCUUGGGAUGUGUCUGGAGGUGCUUGCAGUGGCCCCAAUAAAACACGAUGCCUUCAAAACAUUUGGGCUGGUCAAGAAUAAAGCCAGUAAGCUGAAUAGAGAGCCAUGCUUUUUUAGGAGCAUGAUAGUGGUACAUAAAUUGCUCCCUCCAGAUCUCAUAAACAUGUGGGAACUGGUCAAUAGUGACUUGGUCUGUGCGGAAAAAAUUGACAUUUUAUAGAUCAAGACCGAGUCUCUGAAUUGAUAAUCAAAGGAAACUAAAUGAAGAAUGUGCAAGAAGAAAUUUGAGGUUACUCAAAUGCAAAGUAUUCCUUUUUUGAGGAUAUUACUGGACUAUAUUUUAACCUAAUUUAUGUACCAAAGAACAGAAAUGUAAUUUGAAUAAUGUGAAUGAUGGUUCUGAUUCACAAAUUUCGAAUUUCUGUUAAAAUAGUUUGCAAAACCAUUAUUAUGUAAAUUGUCACAUAAUUUACUCAAGAAUGGUUUUAUGCAGUGUUCAAAUUGUGCUCUUGGUGGUGCCUUUAUGCUGCAUUCACUUUGUGUCGGAAUUACUGUUAUUACAGUAUGACAACUCUUGAAAUUCUGCUUGGAGCUGUUCAUGUCUUUGGGAAGAUAUUAGUUCAAUGGCGAUACUCAUAAUGCCAAAAUAUCAUUACAUUAAUUAAUGAUCUUGUGAAAGAAUUCAGAGUUUACAACAUGGAAUUGUGAGUUGUACAUAGGCGUGAAAGCUUUUUACAAGUUGAAAUCUCAUAAUUACGGUAAUUCCGACAUAACGUGAACGCUUCAUUAAAUGAGGAUCCAUUCUAUAGUUUCACACCUUGUCUACACCGAGCGCAUCCGUUGAUGCUACGCGAUGCACCGCAACAGCUUGAGGCUGUCUACACUGGAUGCGUCGUUUCGAACAUUCGAAACCAUUUAUUUGUGUUGUUGGCAGUAGUAGAGCCAGCGCAUGCAGUUCAAAAUGGAACGGGACACCCGUUUACUGUCGGCGCGAUGGACGCUUCCGGUGUGGACAGCAUCACUGAUUAUAAUAGGGUUCUAUUGCUUUUGACAGGACGCGACAUGCCUUGUCAAAAGCAUUUUCCGAUUAAAAAAAUCUAAAAUAGGUGGGAUCAUAGACAGUGUUGUGUUAUUGCAGGACAAUACAUUGAAAAACAUUAUAGUUUUAUGUUUUUAGUAAUCUAGUUUCAAUGAAACGCCUUUUGGGGGGAUCCCUUAACUCACCCAUCCCCCCCUCAGUUCGAACACUGGUUUUACAGGCAAUUUACUCAGAAAUUAAUUCUGUUCACAUUUCAUGAAUGGGGCACAAUAUGUGCAAAUGUUUAAAGGGUUUAUGGAAUUUAUUCAAACUUUUUCAAGGACAUUAAGGCUUCAGACCUCACCAAGUAUGUGAUUGUCCCAAAUAGGAGGAAACGUAGUGUCUACCUCACCAAUUUUGUUUCAGCUGCCCCUCUGUGGAGGAAUGUUAUCUUAACAUUUGUUUUUAAAGUGCAUUCAGAAAAUGUACCAUGUUACUAGUGAUGCAAUGAUGUACAUCUCUCAAAUUACAUGGCAUUGUGUUAUUAACAUACAAUUGAAGGAAUGUAAACCUUUAUGGUCAUAUGAAGUGUAACAGAUUAUUUGAUUUUCUCAUAGGCUUGAGAUGCGUUUGGUAGAGGGUUUACUUUAAAACUGUGAAACAACAAACUGCUGGUACAUGUAAAUGAUUCAUUAAUUUAUGAAAUUCCUCCUUGGAUUGGGAGGGUGGAGUUUGGUGUAGGAUAUUUAAUUGUACUUUAAGGUUACGUAAAACAUUGACAUUUGUAAUCCAGACUACGUGGUGUGAUUGUGUAAACAACAAAAGGACUGGAAUGAACAAAUUGUGAU